CGGAUAUAUACAGUCUCCACGUGUUGUGUCUGUGAAAGCAGGUUGAAUGUUGGAGUCUUAGCGACUGACAUGGUUGCUAUUAUGAGUGAAUAAUUAACAGGAAUAUUUUAUUUUAUUCUGUUUAAAGAUCAGCUCAUUAUACCCAAGAUUUUCACUGCCAGUAAAUUUAGGGUGCUGGUGUUAUCACUAACAUGUUUGCAGAGGAAGAAUGGACCGAUAGCGUGGCCGUUAAUGACCAGGUCCACUCUGUAGUGAAGGCUGAGCCUCUUUCGGGGAAGCACAAGUCCAUCAGCAGGCAUUGUCUGAAGCGAACUCUCCAGACCUUAGGUUCAGCCCCAGACUGGGAGUUUAUAAAACCAUCUGUUGGUAGUGAUGAGGACACUGAAGAAGUGCCUGUACACCUUUCAAAGAAAAAGAAGCAAAGGUGCAAAAAACAGAAGAAAACCUCUGGUGCAGGAAUUGAAGGAGACAUGGGCAAGGAAACAGAUGUACUGCAGAAACCUGCGAAGAAGCAACAAGUGAAGCCUAAAAUGGACACGGCCAACACCGAAAGAAAUUCUAAAAAUUUGCACAAAGCAGUAGAAGAUUCUGAUGAUAAAAGAUUGAGCCGGCAACAGUGGAAGAAUAAAAUGAAGAACAGGAAACGGUGCAAGAAUAAAUUCCUUCUCAAUUCAGCUGCAGUCGCAGAUCUUAAAUUGGAGGAAGAUGUGAGGGAGGCACAGGUCUUCACAACGACAGAGAAAAUGCAGGAGGAGGAGGAUGAUGAUGAUGAUGAUUCGUCACUUUGGAGAAUGGCAUCAGUGGAGAAGAAUGAUAAUGCAUCCUUGAAUACGAACACACACAAAAAAGCCCAGGCUGUUACAAAAAAAGUAAAGAAAGACACCCAUCAAUUAACGCCUUCAAAACCAGUUAGUGAUGGGUUGAAAACAAAUGCACAUAAUCAGUCUGAAAAACAAAGACCUAUUAAAGUGGAUAAAAAGUCUUGGCUCCAGGCUAAUAAAUUGCGCAGUUUGCUAAACGUCCAUUCCACUGAAAGUGAUGAGAAACUAAGUGAUCCAAAUCUCGAACAGGAAAAAGAACUGUUGGAAAAAGACGAUGAAGGUCAAAUGGACCGCUCCAGUGCUUUAAGGUCCCGGAUGGAGAAGCGGUUAGAAUCGGCCCGAUUCCGCUACAUUAAUGAGCUGCUUUACACGACAACAAGUGGUGAGGCCAAACGUAUGUUUAAGCAGGACCCUGAUGCCAUCAGGAUUUAUCAUAGAGGCUACACUGAACAAGUGAAGCACUGGCCUGCAAAUCCAGUGGAUUCCAUCAUUUCUUAUAUUCGGCAAAGAUCGUCAUCUUUGGUGAUAGCAGACUUUGGAUGUGGAGACUGUAAGAUUGCACAGAGUGUGAAGAACAAAGUGCACUGCUUUGAUUUGGCUCCUGUUUGUGACCUCGUCACUGCCUGUGAUAUGGCUAAUGUGCCACUUGGUGACUCCACAGUGGAUAUUGCAGUCUUUUGUCUCUCACUUAUGGGGACCAACCUUGCAGACUUUUUGGCUGAGGCAAACAGAGUUCUGGUGAUGGGAGGCGUCCUCAAAAUUGCAGAAGUCGCCAGCAGGUUUGAUAAUCUACGCCAGUUCAUUGGAGCCUUAUCUAAUCUGGGCUUUAAGGUAGUCAGUAAGGACACUGACAACAGCCACUUCUACUCCUUUGAGUUUCUGAAGACACACAAUGUUCCAAAAGAUGUAAAGAAAAUAAGGCUUGAACUCAAGCCUUGUUUGUACAAGAAACGGUAGAUGCGUUGAUAACAACAUUGCAAGGA